UGGUUGAGUGUGUGAGUGAGUAGUGGAAAGUGGCAACAGUGAGUGGCUGGAGCAGGGUAAGGUGUGGGCCGCGCCUGUGUGUUUGUGUUCCAUCUCCUCCCUCUCAUAAAUCCAAGCAAGAUGUCUAAGGGAGAACCAGACCAGGAGCUGAAAAAGGCUUUCAUGGAGCUGCAGGGGAAGAUGCAGGAGACUAACCAGAAACUGAGAAUUGCUGAUGUGCAAGUGGAAAGUCUCAAGAAGCAGAUUGUUCACGCCCAACUGACUGACAAGGAGAUCCAGAGCUUGGGUGAUACCACCAGAGUUUAUGAGAGUGUAGGCCGCAUGUUUCUCCUCACGGACAUACCAAUGGUGCGAGAAAACCUGAAGGCCAAGGUUGCUAAGUGUAAUGAGAAGAUCACGAACCUACAGAGCAACAAGGAGUACCUGGAGCGAAGCAUGCAGGAGAGUCAGGACAACUUGAGAGAGAUGAUUAAGCUGAAGCAGUCUGUUGGGGUUGUUUAAGGCCCCUCUGCUAUCUUAGUUUUGUUUUUGUUAUCCCAUUCAAUGUUAAGGUCAGCGUAUCGUCAUGAUCUGCAAUGUGUAUCUGUGAAUCUUACCACCUAUUCUAAAUGAGUUGAUAAUUUGAGUUUAUUACACAUUAUUCAACUUUCCUGCUACUGACACUUCAGGCAGUUCUGUUUCAACUUGACUGCUGCCAACACUUCAACUCACAUAUUUAACACGUUACCCGUGUCAUGGUACACCGGUGUACCAAUGAUUAUAUUUUUUCAUGGGGAAGUGGUACACUGGUGGCACAAAUGAGAUUAAACAAAAGAAAAUAUUUGUAGAUUUUUUUCUCAUUUGAAUAAUGAUUGGUUAUUUCUCAGUGUUUCAUACAGUAACAAAGGGUGUAGAGAAGUGGGAAAAGAAUUCAAAGUCAAACACUAAUUUGUAUUUCAAUAUAUUUUCAAAACAAUAUGUUGAGACUCCAAAACUCAAUAUAAAGUGUUUUUCAUAAGAAUAGUAAGAAAUUGUGGAAAAAAAACAAAAAUAUAAGGUCCUAUGCAGAACUUGAAAUGUGAAAUUGAAAAACAUAUAUAAUUAUGAAUUACAUAUAUGAAAAAAAAUUAAUUAUGGCACUGAAUUACUUUCAAUAACAUUCAAAGACAAUUAAUAAGAAAAAUUUAAUUUUCCCAUGUAAAACUGAAAAUGACAAAAAAAGAAAACAAAUAAUGAUAAAUGUUACAUCCAUAUGAAAAAAUGCAUUAUGUCACUCAAAUUCUUCCAAUGAUAUCCAAAAGAUAAUUCAUAAGAAAAUACAAUCUCCCCACACUGAACUGGAAAUGUGAAUAAAAAACAAGACUAAUGAUACAUAUGAAAAAAAAAAACACUAUGUCACUGAAAUCCUUUCAGUAACAUUCAAAGAUAUUGCAAUAUGUAGACCCAAAAAAACAACAAUUUUUAGUACAGUAACAUAUAUCCUGAAUUUUUUUUUUUUUUUUUUUUUUUUCCUUACAGGGAAAAGAAAGACAUGUAUUUUAUGUAUCAUGCUUCUCUGCAAAGCAUGUAAUACAUAGGUGUGGCUUAUCCUCACACUCAGAGCAGAAUGUCUUCAUCCUUCUUGCUUUAUUUCCACCUUCAGAAAGAGAGAUCUUUUCAUAGCAGCCACGACACCUUUUUCUUGUGUUUCUCUUAGGCCCACCUUUCUCAGUCAGUCUAUGAGGAUUUCUUUUUCCUGAUAUGACUCCAGGACUUUUUCCAGGUCUAAUGUUAUUAGGCUCUUCUCCAAUGAGAAGACAGAAGACCAACAUAUUCCAAUGUGGUGAAUUGGGCCACUGGUGGUACAAAAGUUGAGUGGUGCACUGGUGGUUCAAGACGCAAUAGGGAAAGAAAAUAUUGUAAUACCGCGUGUUGGGCCACCGGUGAGACACCAAUUUUAUCAGUGCAUAUGAGUCAUUAGGACGGAGCGAAGGUACCUACGUGAUUUCUCUCUCGUGGCUGCACUAUGACUGGCGGGAGAGUGGUCUGAAAAUUGCCGCGAUGGGCGUGUGUUGGGUGUUGCUAUAUCGCGGGUAACGUGUUAACAUACCUAUUGUUUAUUCUUAUACAAUAAAUUAUGGCUUCAGAGAA